UACCGCGGGGUGAUCUUCAGGGCAACCUGAGCCCCACUAAAGCUGCCCGGUUGUCCCGCUGAAGCUGCCGCCGAACUCCGGCAACCUUAUCACACAGCCGCCCACCUGAGCUCCUCUUUGCCAACCUGGAAGUACUUGCCGAAGGCAACCUUUUCCCUGCUAACAGGUAGACCUGAGGUACCGGCAGUGUCGUGACAGUCUGCCCUGACGCAGCGCUGCGCUGUGCGCAAUACAGCCACGGCCGCCCGUUUCCAAAUAAUCGAAAACAGCUCCCAGGUUGCCCGCCCAAGGCAGUGCACGUUCGUUCGGAUCCUGUUCUCUGCAACCAGCCUCGGAAGUCCGCCGGAAGGACCAUGCUGCGACGUUUUUCAUGAUGGCAAAAUCUCUGCAGCUCAAAGACGAGGGCAACCGCCGUUUCCAGGCGGGCGACUUCGUCAUGGCCGAGGCUCUCUAUUCGCAGGCGUAUGCUCCAAUGGUCCAUGGAUCCAUGGAUUCCCCCAACAAACGCUGAUCCAUGCGAGAGCUAACCGGCCGUGCAGCCUGAUUGUCGACCCCCACAACCCGGCACUCUACACGAACCGCGCCAUGGCCCGCCUAAAGUUGUCCCAGUGGGACAACGCCAUCGCCGACUGCACCGAGUGCCUCAAGCUGGCGCCUGACAGCAUGAAGGCGCACUACUCGCUCUCUCAAGCCCACCUCGCCCUGCGCGCCUACGACGAGGCGCUCACGCACGCGCUCAAGGCGCACGAGCUGUGCCUGAAGACGCUCGACAAGAGCUUGGGAACUGUCACGACCCAUGUGCUGAAGUGUAAGAAGGAGCGCUGGGACGACAUGGAGAAGCGCAGGAUACGCGAGACGUCCGAGCUGGAGAUGGAGGUGAUCGGGCUGCUCGAAAGGGGGCGUGACGAGGCUGUGCGGGAAGCCGCGGGCCUGGACGAGGGCAGCAGGAGGGAGAUCGAGGACGAGUGGAGGGCGAAGAUCGACCUGGUGCGCGACGUGUUCGAAAAGGCGAGACCGGCCAGGGAAAAGCGGCGGCAGGUUCCCGACUGGGCCAUCGACGACAUCAGCUUCUGCGUCAUGGUCGAUCCUGUCAUUACGAAAACCGGCAAGUCAUACGAGCGUGCCUCCAUCGUGGAGCACCUGCGCCGUCAGCCCCUGGACCCGCUCACCAGGGACCCACUGUACAUAAGCGACCUUCGACCCAACCUCGACCUCAAGCAGGCUUGCGAGGAGUUUCUGGCGGAGAACGGCUGGGCGGCUGACUGGUAGACGCGCCUCUUCCGGCCGCUUUUGGAUACCGCUUCGGGAUUCAAAAGUCCGGAUUCAGGGCCUGGCCGGGGCGGGUUGCAUAGC